GGGACGCGCCCCUUGGCACAGCCUAGGAAGCCUGUGCUGACAGCUGAGUCACCGGGAUCUCAGAAGAGUUUCCCCCAAAGCCUCCCCGCCCGGUGACUGGAAAAAGUCGGACUGUCCAGAAGCCAGAUCGUCACAUGGCUCUGGCGGAACAGACCCACAGAAAGUCCCCGAGGUCGUCCCUCUCUCGGGCCACCGAAACGACGCGGCAGAGGGUUGCCCGGGGCCGCCAAGCCCCGCCCCCGCCCGCAGCGGAAGCCGGAAGCAGCCGCAGGCCCCGCUAGCCCCGCGGCGCCCGACUCGAUAGUCUCGGAGGUCCGCGCAUUGGCGAGAAGAUGGCGGAGGAGGAGUUCUCCAACACAACCCAUGGGAGCUUCAACUUCACCCUUCACACUACUCUGGGCGUCACCACGAAGCCGGUGCUCCCGACACCUGCCAAGCCCAUCCUCCCAGUGCAGACAGGGGAGCAGGCCCAGCAGGAGGAGCAGUCAAGUGGCAUGACCAUUUUCUUCAGCCUUCUCGUCCUAGCCAUCUGUAUCAUCCUGGUGCACCUGCUGAUCCGGUACCGACUACACUUCCUGCCUGAGAGUGUGGCUGUUGUUUCUCUAGGUAUUCUCAUGGGAGCAGUUAUAAAAAUUAUAGAGUUUAAAAAGCUGGCUAAUUGGAAGGAGGAAGAAAUGUUUCGCCCCAACAUGUUUUUCCUUCUCUUGCUCCCACCUAUUAUCUUUGAGUCGGGAUAUUCACUGCACAAGGGGAACUUCUUUCAGAACAUCGGCUCCAUCACUCUCUUUGCUGUCUUUGGAACGACCAUCUCUGCUUUUGUAGUAGGUGGAGGAAUUUACUUUCUGGGUCAGGCUGAUGUAAUCUCUAAGCUCAACAUGACAGACAGUUUUGCAUUUGGCUCCCUGAUAUCUGCGGUUGACCCAGUAGCCACUAUCGCAAUUUUCAAUGCACUGCACGUGGACCCUGUGCUCAACAUGCUGGUGUUUGGAGAAAGCAUUCUCAACGAUGCAGUCUCCAUUGUCCUAACCAAUACGGCUGAAGGUCUAUCAAAAAAGCACAUGUCGGAUGUCAGUGGGUGGCAAACGUUCUCACAGGCCCUCGGCUACUUCCUCAAAAUGUUCUUUGGCUCUGCGGCACUUGGCACACUGACUGGCUUGAUUUCUGCAUUGGUGCUGAAGCACAUUGACCUGAGGAAAACGCCUUCCCUGGAGUUUGGCAUGAUGAUCAUUUUUGCUUACCUGCCUUAUGGGCUGGCAGAGGGAAUAUCACUCUCAGGUAUCAUGGCUAUCCUGUUCUCUGGUAUCGUGAUGUCACACUACACACAUCAUAACCUCUCCCCAGUCACCCAGAUCCUCAUGCAGCAGACCCUCCGGACUGUGGCCUUCCUGUGUGAAACAUGUGUGUUCGCCUUUCUUGGCCUGUCCAUUUUUAGUUUCCCUCACAAGUUUGAAAUUUCCUUUGUCAUCUGGUGCAUAGUGCUGGUACUGUUCGGCAGAGCCGUCAACAUCUUCCCUCUGUCCUACCUGCUGAAUUUCUUCCGAGAUCACAAAAUCACCCCCAAGAUGAUGUUUAUCAUGUGGUUCAGUGGCCUUCGUGGAGCCAUCCCGUAUGCACUGAGCUUGCACCUGGGCCUGGAGUCCAUGGAGAAGCGGCAGCUCAUCGGCACCACCACCAUUGUCAUUGUGCUCUUCACCAUCUUGCUGCUGGGCGGCAGUACCAUGCCCCUCAUCCGCCUUGUGGACAUUGAGGAUGCCCGGGCACGCCGCAGGAGCAAAAAGGACGUCAACCUCAGCAAGACUGAGAAGAUGGGCAAUGCCAUCGAGUCAGAACACCUGUCUGAGCUCACUGAGGAGGAAUAUGAAGCCCACUACAUCAGACAGCAGGACCUCAAAGGCUUCAUGUGGCUAGAUGCCAAGUACCUGAACCCCUUCUUCACACGGCGGCUGACACAGGAGGACCUCCACCACGGGCGCAUCCAGAUGAAAAGCCUCACCAACAAGUGGUAUGAGGAGGUCCGCCAAGGUCCAUCGGGCUCUGAGGACGAUGAGCAGGAGCUGUUCUGAGCCCACAAUGCCGUGGGCCUGGUAGAAAAUGCCUCAUGCAGCCUCCUCAGAACAUGAGAUGGUAGGUGGAGGGCUAGUGUUGGCUGGGAAGCUUCAGGCCUUCAGAGCACGCUGGCUUCAGAAGUGUGACCUGCCCCGCCUUGUUUCUGGGCCUGCAGAAGAGGGCGGCAGCCAGCCUCCUUUCUGCUUCUGUGCCAGACCAGAGAACACCAUGACUGGACCAUGCCUUCCUCGCAGCUGCCAGCAGGCAUAUCUGCCGCUUGUCUCUUCAUUGUCAAGGUGCCUUGGCAGCGGCGGCAGCCUCUACCUGGUGCCAAGGCCAAGAGCCUUUGAAAGACUCACAGUCCCUGACCUGUGUUCUCAAAGAGGAAGGCUGAAGGACCUUUUUUCUUGACAUGGAACUGGCCACCUGUUAGCCUGCUUUUGGGCAGGCAGCUGCAGCCCUCUGUGGGCACACUGCAAAUGUUUACACUGGUGUCUGGCAGGGGUCAGCCUGCAGGCUUCCAGGGAAGGUGGUGGCCUGAGUUUGCAGUACUCUCUGAAGAGACAAAGGGGGUCUUUAGACCCUGGAAGCACAGAGUCCUAGGGGGUACUUUUCCCAAGUGUGGAGUCACUCCAUAUCCUCUCUGCUCUCCACCACAACCUCCUCCCUCAUUCCUGUCCUCUGCCCACAGGCCUUUUAGACCCCAUAGUGUGAAGCUCCUUCCACCCAGCUGCUGUUCAGAGCCUUUUACCAGUUCCUGGAACUUGGGUCCUCUGCCCUCUAUGCCAGGCCCCAGCUCUCCAAGACACUGGGCCAAUGGCCAGGGCACAGGAGCCAACGCCAGUGCUCCCCACUCCAGCCACUUGCCACUUAGGAUGCUGGUGACUUUGGGUCACACAAACACUCGCAUGCAUGUCUCAGGCUGAGGCGCCAGAUCACACCACAGGCAGUUACUGCCUAAUGUCCUCACCUGCCCUUUUAUAAAUGCUGCAGUCUACCCCACCACGACCCCAGAGCCCUAGACUCUCCUUGCACCCCAGGCGGCUUUGUUGUGUGGCCUUGGCUCAUGGUGGGGACACUGGGCCUAAGUGCGAGUCACAGGUGUUUCCCACCUCAGGUGCUGUGGCUCUGAGGCCUCACCUCGCUGUGCUGCAGAAGGCGGCAGAGUUGGAAACAUGUAGUUUGCUUCUAUACAUUAGGUCACUUAUCCUUGGCACAGCCAAGAUGCAGUCAGGUCCUCUUCCCUGUCUCUCACCUUAACCCUGGAGCUGGAGUCACCCGUGGCCUUGUGCAAUUGGGGGCAAGGCUGGGGUCAGGCUGGCUUGUUCUCUUGUGCUCCGUCUCUGAGAUGGAGGUUGCUUUCCAAGCUCAGUGCUCGCCAAGAUUCCUUUCUAAACCUGAGAUUCAUAGAUUAAGCAGUAAACAUCAGGGUACUGUUCACUCAGCCCCUUGUCACCAGGCCUUAUGUCCCUGACACAUCACUCUUGGUCCCUUGCUUUAGCUGGAGCCUGAAGUGAGCUCCCAGAAGCUUGGUGAGAGGGAGGGAGGGCUGCUGUGCCAGCCCUGAGCGCCAGUAGGCACUAGCUCUGCCCUCUCCUGGGGAAUGUGGCCUUAGUACCUGGGAGAGUGCCCAGCUCUCCAGAGCCCAUGGCCAGAGAGCAAAGCUCUGGAGGGCAUUUCUCAGAUGAGAAACCAAUUGCUGCCGCCACCUUCUCAGACCCUUAGUCCUGUUGUGUGCAGUGAUAAAUGUGAAAUGGUAGUGACCCAGCUGUGCUCCAAAUUUCAGGUCUAGGCCAAGGGACAGGCCAGCUGGGCACACAGAAGGUAACCUUCAGAGUGAGGGGCAUGGGUGCCCUUGAGAAUCUGGCAGUUUAGCCAGUAAGCAGAUCCAACCCUGUAGUUCCCGGUGGCCCAUCCCUGCAGUCUAUGAGCCAGUUCUUGGAGCCGGUGACCUGAUUUCUGCAGUGCUGUGGUCACAGGGUUCCUCCAAACAGUCACAUCUAGCAUCUUGGGGUAAAACCGGACAGGCUGAGGACUUGGUGUGCAGAUUCCUUUCUGUGCAAUUGAAUGCUAAGAGACUAAGCAGAAAGCCUUCUUAAAGCCCGCCCUAAGAAUUACCAGGUCCACAUGCCCAUGGUAGGUUCUGGGCUGGGUGGCCACUGCCCAGCCCUUCCCCCCUUAGCUAUAGAGGUAUAUAUGGUAGAGGUCAGCUGUUCCUGGCUCCCAAGUGAGGAGGAAUUCAGUAGCUGUCUACCACCCAUGAGGCUUCCAAGAUGCCGCAUGGAGACAGGAGCCCUCCCCAAUUCUCUCAGAAAUAGCAGCUUGAUUCCUCUGCUGGCUGGUGCCCAGGAAACCUGGUACAAGCAGCAGUGGCAAAUCACUGGGUUCUCUCAGGGCCCUGGGGCCACACUGUUAACUGAACCCGCAUGGUGGGAGGAGGGUCUCCAGGUGACCGUGCCUCUCCACCCUGCCGUCCCACCUGUUCACCCCGUUUCAGAAGGCAGAAGUGCCAUGGCCCCCUCACCCGGGCACAACCGUGUGCAGUGGUGGUGGGACAGGCCACCCUUGGUGGCUGUAACCCUGCUCUAGAGCCAUGGUAACACAGCCUGGAGACUGGUGACAGCUCCCUGCUCCCACCAGCCUGGGUUCCUUUCUUUGACAGUGGAAGGUUUUGGAGGCGCUUGUUUUCUGUUGUGAUUUAAGGAGGCUGGCUAGGAGCCAUCUGUGUAAGGUCCCAGGGACCUGAGCACAAGGGAAAACAAAAAAAGGGUGUCACUCUCACUCUUCUGGAGCUUGCCUGCCUGCCUGUCUCCCUCCCACUCACCACUGAAUGGGAGGUCACAUCACUGGACAGCUAGAAAUAAAAUGCUGUGGAAUCAGA